AGCGUGUAGAUGAAGUAUUUUGUUCGCGCUGCACGUAUUUAACAUCAAUUUAAAAUAAGCUAGUUGCGGCCAAUUCCUUCGAGUUCAAUUUUAGCCACUGUAUAGAUCGGUACAAUACUAAAAUCUAUUGCAGUACGCGUUAAUUAUCAAUUUUUGCGGUUUCGGUUUCAUUCAUUGACAGUUUUCAUUCACUUUCGUGUGCAUUUCUAGUAUACAAGAAAGUAAAAAAAAAACUACCAACGUUAUCCGUUAGUUACAACCGCCCCGCCCGCUGCAACAUCAGUUACAAUUUUAUGUGCAUCUUAUAAAAUCUAACAGAACGCUUUUCGACAUUAUAUUCGUUGUGUGGUGAUUAGUUGAAGUUUGGCAUCGUAAUUGUGCAGUAAAAGGAAACGCACGUCAAAAUGGCUGUUAUACUACAUGAAGUCUAUGACUGGUAUAGAGAUCUCAUGGACAAUCGAAGUGAUCCACGUGUCAGAGAUUGGCCCAUGAUGUCAUCACCAUUUCCCACAUUAGCACUCUGCGUAUUAUAUGCCUACUUCAGCAAAUCGCUAGCGCCGCGUCUGAUGGCGAAGCGGAAAGCUUUGGACCUACGUAAAGUACUGGUCUACUAUAAUUUAUUUCAGACAAUAUUCAGCGCGUGGAUUUUCUAUGAGUACUUAAGGAGCGGUUGGUGGGGCAAUUAUAGUUUCAAAUGUCAACCUGUUGAUUACUCCAAUAAUCCACUGGCUAUGCGCAUGGCACGCACGUGUUGGUGGUAUUACAUUUCAAAAUUCACAGAAUUCUUUGACACGAUUUUCUUCAUAUUGCGUAAGAAAAAUGAACACGUGUCCACGUUGCAUGUCAUUCAUCAUGGCUGCAUGCCCUUCUCCGUAUGGAUGGGCAUGAAAUUUGCGCCAGGUGGUCACAGUACAUUCUUUGCCUUGCUGAACUCCUUUGUGCACAUUGUCAUGUACUUCUAUUAUAUGAUUGCCGCAAUGGGUCCCAAAUACCAGAAAUUUAUCUGGUGGAAAAAGUACCUUACCACUUUCCAAAUGGUACAAUUUGUCGCCAUUUUCACCCAUCAAUUCCAAUUGCUCUUCAGGGAGUGCGAUUAUCCCAAAGGCUUCAUGGUUUGGAUUGGUUUGCAUGGCGUUAUGUUCCUGUUUCUCUUCUCCGACUUUUAUAAGGCCAAGUAUACAAAUGCACGCGUGCGCAGUGCGGCGGCGAAAUCCAACACAAAUGGCUAUACCAAAAUACCUGCGACGAAUGGCAAAUGCGUGCUAGAGAGCAAUGGCGAUUUGUCCAAUCAUCUGGUGGCGUCCAAUAAUAACAAGGGUGCUUGCAUGCCCGUUAUGGACGAUGAAGUCGAGGCCAUCAAGUCGAAUCAUCACUUAACCAAUGGCUAUAAGAACGGCUUCGCUAAUGGUCAUGCUUUCAAAGACGGCGAUGGUGUGCUUUCAACAAACGAUGCUAUACUCAACCCAGACAGCAGUAGCUCUAGUCUACAUCAGCGAAAAGUCAAAUAAGCAUAAAAUGUAACAAAUAAAUAAUACUAAUAUAAAAAAAUCACGUAAGAGAAAAGCAACAUGCAAAGAGUAGUUAUCACUUAAGUAUAUACUGAUAAAAAAUUGAUUAUUUUUUAUAUAUACAUAAAUUAUAUAUUUAAUAAUUUAAAAUCGAGUAAAUAUGGAGCUUUUAUACAUAUAAAAGAUGGAAAAGGAAACACAAAUAUUAAUUAUAAUUGAAAAUACUAUACAUUAUAGCAGCAACAAUGAAGAAUAAGCUCUAAGGUCAAACAUGUCUAGAAGUCUAAUCUAGAAUCACCAAGUUGUUCAAAUACAUAAUUUGCGAUAGAUAUGUAAAUGCAAGGAGAAACAAAUGAGAAAAUCAGAAAACACACAUAAGUAUCAUGUAAACAAAAUGAAAAAAACUAAAAAAAAAAACAAAACAAAUUUUAUUUAAGUAAAUUUACAGAAAGAAAAGCGAAUGGAAUGCGCGCCGUUCUUGUGAAUUAAGAAGAAGAAGAAAAGUAUGAGAAGGACGUUAUUGAAAAGUGAAAAAAAGUUAUUGUUUUAAAUUUAUAAGCAUACGAAGGUAUUUUACAUACUCCAUACACAUAAAAUUUGAAAACACAAAAAAAGGAGAAAGAGAACAAAAUGAAUCUUAAAGUUGUACACAAAUCUCAAACCACAGGGAAUUUAAACGGACAUAAACUUGUAUGGCUAAUAUUACACCUGUACUACUAUACUACUUCUAUUUACUACUAUGUACUACAAAAACAACAACUGCUACCAAUUGACACCACUACCACCAACAAAUUGAAAUGCAUUUUUUACCCCCUCUUUUUUUUUAUAGUACAGUAAUUACACUGUAGCAUGCGCAGGCGCCUUAUUAAAUCUUAGCAUUCACCCUCAGUUAUAACGGACCAGUCGUUUAUAGAGUUGUGGUUACGAGUAAGACGUAAAGGCGCUUGCGCAAUGCAAUUUUAUACAUUGACCUACCGAUAUCUUAUACUUAUGUGUAUAUGUAUGUAUUUAUAAAGAGAUAUUAUUGUAAAUUUUUAUAAUCCAUUGGG